GAUAAGACAAGUCUUUAAAACCUGGACUACAAUGAUGACAGUAUUAGUAAACAUUACCUGAGGAAGACGAAUACAUCUUAGCUGUCGCGGAUUGGAAAAAAGUCAUGAGUGGAUGUCCGUACUUUGAGAAGAGGCAUUUGUUAUUCAAAAAUAAACCUCCUGCAGGGGAAGAUGAGGACGCCUCGCAGGCAGGGGUUAACAAGGCCAGUAAAGGAGGAAUCAUCUAUGGAGACUACCUGCAGCUUAAUAAAAUAGUGACAGCCCAAGUGCUGCAAAGUGAACUAAAGGGCAAUAAGAUCCACGAUGAGCACCUCUUCAUCGUCACCCAUCAAGCCUAUGAACUGUGGUUCAAGCAGAUUCUGUUUGAGCUCGACUCAGUGCGAGAGAUCUUUAUCAGUGAACAUGUGAGAGACGAACGCAACAUGCUGAAAGUCAACACUCGCAUACACAGGAUCGUAAUGAUCUUCAGACUGUUGGUCGACCAGUUCGGGGUUUUGGAAACAAUGACAGCCUUGGACUUUUUUGACUUUAGGGAAUACCUUUCCCCGGCCUCUGGAUUUCAAAGCCUCCAGUUUCGGAUCCUGGAGAACAAGAUCGGGGUGCCGGAAAACCUGAGGGUUCCAUAUAACAGACGCCAUUACAGAGACAAUUUCAAAGGUCAUGAGAGUGAGAUGCUGCUGGCCUCAGAAAAGGAACCCACGCUCUUAAAACUUGUGGAGGAGUGGCUGGAGAGGACUCCUGGAUUGGAGGUGGAUGGAUUCAAUUUCUGGGCCAGGUUGGAAAUCAAUAUAUUUGAUGGCUUGAAUCUGGAGGAGGAGAAAAUUGCGAAAAUGCCAGAUUCCGAAGAGAAGGAGGAGCUGAUGGCUGAGCUGGUCAAACAGAAAGAGAUCUUCACAUCGCUGUUUGACGAAAAGCGUCAUGACCACCUGGUCAGCAAAGGUGAAAGGCGGAUUUCUUACAAGGCGCUGCAAGGCGCUCUGAUGAUCUACUUCUACAGGGAAGAGCCACGAUUCCAGGUUCCUUUCCAGCUGCUAACGUCCCUCAUGGACAUCGACACUCUCAUGACAAAAUGGAGAUACAAUCAUGUGUGCAUGGUGCACCGUAUGAUUGGCAGCAAAGCUGGCACAGGGGGCUCUUCUGGCUAUCACUAUCUGAGAUCUACCGUCAGUGAUCGCUACAAGGUGUUUGUGGAUCUGUUCAACCUGGCAACUUUCCUGGUGCCUCGGCACUGGGUGCCCAAGCUGAAUCCCAACGUUCAUACGUUCCUCUACAUGGCGGAGUGCUGCGACAGCUCAUAUUGCAGCAGUGAGGACUCUGACUAGACCGGGCUUUAGAUGUCUGUCGUGGCUUGCCUUCACUGAAACGGAUGUGACAGAGAUUUGAUAAAGAGGUCAACAAAGACAAAUGUUCCGCAAAUUCAAUACGUGCAUAACGUAGAAAAUUUACUAACCUUACCUGAGAAAAGCUGUAGAUUGGAAUAUUGAUUGUUUUAUCAAUAAUAGGAGGAAGUGUUAACCAUAUUCUUCUUAAGACAUGCACCACAAAUAAUGUUAUAAAGUUCAGAAGAGGAAUUUUGGUCCUUUACACCAGCAGGAUAAAACUUACUUAUAUUUGUUCUUGAUGCAAAAAAAAAUACAUACAAAAUUAUACAUGCUUGAUCCAAAUUAGAUUUAGUACACUUAAAGGUUUUUCAGGCAAGGAAAACCACACAAUAUAAUUAAAUAAAUCAGACUGCACAGCUUGUGACACAGUGUUUGACAACAGCGAGAUCAAGAAGGCAAAUCAAGCUAUUUUACUCUAAUCUUGACUGUCAGUCACAAAGCACUGCAGAUGGCAACUUGAUAAGAGCUGCUUAGAUGUUCUCCCGAUGAAAUUAUGUAAAUGAACAUUAACUGACCUGAAGGCAAACAGAUCAGUGGAAGCAACGAUCAAACUUUGUGUGCAGCAACUGCGCUGAUGGGUUUUUACAUAAAUGUAACAUAUUUCAUGUCAGAAAGUCAUAAGAGGGCAUAUCAGAUGACUCAUGUGUAGCUUAGGUGGAAAAAAGUGAAGAUAAAAUGAAAUCCCAACAGCUUAAAUAGAACGAUCUGCAGAGCAAAAAAAAAAAAAUCAUUUUAACCCCUAAAAUGUGUACAUAAUGUUAGACUUUGUAACAGCUGUGGAUAUAUUUUGUAAAAUAUUCUUUAUGGUACUAAAUUAAUUAUGUUGUAUAUUUAUGCAGUAAUUGAUGUGAUUUUUGUAUAGAUGAAUUUAUUAUACUUAUUGCUAACAUGUAUCUUUUUAUGUAUUAAGUAAAUACAUAUUUUGUACAGUGAAACAAGUGGUUCAGUGUUUUGUUGCUCUGAAUAAUAAAAGAUUUACAAACAUAUA